GGUGAUGCCGGCGCGCAUCACAGACGCCCGAGCCGCCGCGCGCCGCCCGCCAGUGAUAGGUGUAGUGCAGUGGGGAGAGGGAGCGACCGCCGGCGGACAAAGGCACCGAUCGCGGACGACCGCGCACGCCCGAGGAAGCUGCAGAGCCCCGCCGCCGGAUAGCAGCACAGACGAGACUAGCCAGCUGUCAUGGGUCUGAAGCAGAGCAAGCGCUCGUUCGAGGUGACGACCGGCUCGCCCAAGAAGGGUGCCGCUGUCGAGGCUAAAGUGGAGCUGAUCGAAGGCCAGGAGGGGGCCGACCCGGCGCCCACCAACGGCGACGUCAAGGCGCAGCAGCCGGCUCCGACCGAGGAAACGACCACAGAAUGCAAGCAAAACGGGGAUGGCGGCGACGCUGAGGUAAAUGAGACGAACGGAAAGACGGAGCAGAACGGCCAGGAGGAGCCCGCUGAGAACAUAGCGAAGAAGGAGAAGGCGAAAAAGAAGAGGAGCUUCAGGAGCUUCAGCUUCCUGCGCAGGGAAAAGAAGCAGAAGGAAGACAAGGAAAAGAAGCCUGGAAACGGCGCGGAGGGUGCUGCUGUGAAAGAAGAACCCAAGAAAGAAGAGGCGGCGGCCCCUGCUGCUCCGGAGGAAAAGAAGGAGGAGGAGCCGUCCGCUCCUGCCGCACCUGAGGCUCCUGCCGAUGCUGAGACCCCUGCUCCCCCUGAGGCUCCGGCUGCUCCGGAGGUGGAGGAAAAGAAAGAGGAGCCAGCACCUCCGGCGGCCCCCGCCGUGCCGGAUGUCGAGGAGGAGAAGAAGGAAGUGGCUCCGGCCGUGUCUGAGACGCCCGCCGAACCCGAGGUUCCGGCGCCUGCCGCCGACAGCGAAAAACCCGCUGAGUCGCCAGCCGCCCCCGAGGCCCCGCAGGAGGCCGAGAAGGCCGCCGAGGAGCCGGCCAAGACGGAGGAAUAACGCUACCGCUCCUUCCGCGGCGCGCAGCCGAUCAAACAGGACGGAACCGAGGAGUGGCCCGUCGGCGCCGGUGGCGCCACACGACGGACAUUUUUGUGGCUAGCGCCGUACGGGACUUUUAAAUUUUCACACCGCGACACGUGCCCUGGUGAUACCAUGUACAUACAUAGCUUGUUGGGCGAGCCACUCGGCCUCAGUGGGAGAGCAUUCCAGCGACUCCACUGUCCGAGUCGGAGGCGCAAGGGAACUUGAGCGCCGAUGGCCGGCCGCCCUCGGCUCGCGUCGAACGGUCCGCGCGCGCAUCUUGCCAGUGAAGCGAAGACGAACAGGGCGGGGCCGCGCCGCGAGUGAGUACGGAUCUUUCAGUUGGCCGGUCGGGCCGGCCGCGUCGCCUGUCGCCUCGCGUCGCGGCCUCUCGCGCCACGUGCGUCGGCUCCGGCGGCGCCGGCUCGCGCGCGCUCUUCGGCGCGACGCGGCGCAGGGUGCGCCGAUGACGCCAGAGACUCGGGGUGGCCGGGCGCGGACCGGCGCCAACCUGUCGACUGCAGGGCUGUCUUGAUCUUCACCGCGGGCUGCUCGGCCGUGGGUUGUCCGCCGCCGCCGUGUUGUUGCACCCCGGACGGCAGUAUGUGUAUGUGUGCAGGCGAGAGAGCCUUUUUCUCGGUGCGGUGAGCCGGCGUGGCGAGUCUGCGUGCAAAUUUAGGGAACAGGUCUCCUUGAAAGGUUCGGGUUUAACGUCUUGAAGGCGCGAGAGUCGCAGUAAUUAGGUUAUUCGCUUUCGAUGUUUGUGCACAGUUUUGUUCAGGUCAUGAUUUUCGCAGGUUCGAGGUGCUGUGGACAUGACUAUAUUACAUUAUGUGAAUUGGUAAUAUUUGAUAAUAAACAGCCGUGGUAAAAGGCGUCUUAUGUUC